CUCUCCUUCUGAAUCCAGUCUCAGCAUCAAUCAAGAUUUCAAUCCAGCGCCGUUCGCUGCAAAACUCAACAACCCACGUUCGCUAAGAACCCCCCUUAGGAAGUCCUCGUUGACUCCUGUCAUUCGCUUGUUUCCUUACUGUCGCUUUUAUUUUUCCUUUUUUUUUUAUCUUAUUUGUUCGACUUUUUGCGCCAUCAAGGUAUCUUCAAGAAGUAUCUACCGAGAAAUUGAAGGCGUAACGAACAAACCCCCAAAAAGACAUUUAGCCAAUACCAGCCUAAAAAAGCCCCGGAAUACCUCGCAAUUCAUCGAAAAGCAAAGGAUUUGUAGCGCAAAGUGGUUGGCGCUCGAAUUUAAUCGUGGCAAAAGACAAAGAAUAAAUCAGCUAUUAGCAAGCAAUAUUGGGCUUCAGCAUUCGGAAAUCCGCACCUGCAGACAAAUCUGCGUUAUUUUGCCGCCUUAGCUUGCCACAGUCUCCGCAUCGUCAAAACAGCCCACUUCGGCCCUAGCCGACGGUACCGUCACUCUGGCCUUGCUUCAGCCGCAAGCUUCUAUCUUUCGCACGAACCCUACGACAUCCCGCUAAAGUAGGGACUCAUAUCCGCACCAAAGCCAAGUGACGAAGCAGAAAAAGGCAAAGAGAACGUUGCAUCAGUGGCCUCAUUCGUUCGGCUCUGAUUCAACCGCCUCUUUUACUACUCCGCCCGCUCACGUACACUGUGCCCCGGAUUCGCAUCUCACCUUCGGCCCUACUGCUACUAUUGGCGUGACUGAUAUAUCAUAUCAAAGGUCCCUGCAGCAGUGACAACCUUGUGAUAGCCUCAUCAUUCGCUCCUCACCUACCUGACCAACACAGACGCUCGCUACCCUUCUUUGCUGCCUUGACCCCUCUCAUCGGCGUCACUAGCGGCUUCUUCAUUUCUCUCGUUCCUCUUUGAGCUCUUCUCUUUAAUAAAGCUUUGCACAAUGGCUGGUCCCGGCGGUGGCCCUCCUCGUCGCAGCCACACCAAGUCCCGCAAGGGCUGUGAGACCUGCAAACGUCGGCACAUUCGAUGUGACGAGACGUUCCCUCAAUGUCGCAACUGUACCAAGCACAAGAUCAGGUGUCCAUACAAUGACAUUCCUAUGUCUGAUGAGCGCUCCGGCUCGCCCGAUCAACCUGAUCUGAUGUGGACCCCAGAGUACAAGGCUGUCAUUGAACAAUGGCAGAACACCGGUGUAUUCCCCUUCCCCGGAAUGAACAUCUACCCGACUCCCAACCCACAGUACCUUUCGACUGAAGACUUGAGGUUGAUACAUCACGUUGCUUCCAUCAGCGAUCAGAUGCUGAGCAUGGAUGCCGAUGGUUUCACUCUAUGGACUCGGCAGAUUCCCACACUCAUCAAGAUCGGCGCCACAACCCCCUACGUCAUGCACGCAUUGCUAGCUUUUUCGGCCAUGCACAUCGCUUUCCUCACGGAUUGCCCUCUCGUUGGCAACAUGGCGUACGAGCAUCGUGGUAUCGCAUUGAAGGGUCUGCAGGAAGCCAUCGGCACAUUCUCGAGGGAAACUUCAGACGCCAUCCUUGCGGCUUCUCUUGUACUUUCUUGGCAAGCCACUGAUUGGCGCAGCUGGACCCAUCUCAUGCAAGGCACUCGAGUGGUGAUGGAAGCAAUGGAGCCCUGGAAGCACGAGUCCCAAUUCGGCGACUUCAUUGCUGAGAGCAGCACAUUCCCCACCGCGCCGCCGUCGCCCACUCCUGACCAUAAACCUAGCCAGCCACACCAAGAGGACAUUGACGCCUUUCAACGCACACUUCAGCAGCUGCAGAAGCUUGAAAGCCACAUGAAGCAGAUUCGGGAGGAUCCCAAAGCUGUUACACAACUGAUCACAUUCUUGAAGGGUGCGCGCAAAGUCAGCCCGGCGUUUAACGUUGCCCAACAGUUCGAGCGUCUCCGCGACCUGAGGACCUGGCUCUUCUGGCUUCCCGUCGACUUCCUUCAGCGUCAGCGAGUCCCAACCGCUAGCUCCCUCCUGAUUAUUGCGCACUAUUACACUGUCGCCCUCAUCAUGGAGCGCCUCUUCCCAGAGAUCGGCGCGGCUUACUUUGGCAGCAUGUCUAUCGCCCCCGUCGAGGAGAUUGCAAGGCGCCUACUAUCGGUCAACGUCUCAGGCAACAUGAACGAUGUCUCGUCGCCCCUGCCGCUUAUGGAGUUCCCUAUCGACACGGUCAAGGAGUUCCGGUCUCGCAUGGGAUUCGCUCAUCCUGUUCGCACGCCUUCGUUCCCUCAGUUCGACCCGCCCAACUUCUAUGUCCCGCACAGCGCGCCGAUGCAGCAGAUGCCAGUCACGACUGCCGAGUACGGGCCUUAUGGGACCACACCGGCUUUCAGCUACAGCACUGAGGACCUGUCCGUAAUCACAGCUGACCAUCUGAACACACCGGUCACGGGACCCACCAGCGCUAUCAGCCCCCUGCAAUUGUCGUCGCCGUUCACCAACCAUCAGUACCUGAACAUCCCGAGCCCUUCGUACGGAGGAUACAGCCCCGCAUCCAGCACAUUCGGCGGCGACUUUAACGACUUUUCUGCCGAGUUUGGUGACAACUCGUCCAUUGGCUACAGUGACCAUGAGGACUUUGCAUAUAAUGAUAUGGGUUUCGGCACCCCGAUGAUGGGAGGUUCGAGCAACUUUGGAGCCGGGUUCGUUACUCCAGCCCAGCCCCUGUGGACCUAGAGACCGAAAAGAUCUCGAGCCACCGUUCUAUCCCCGAAACCACGCCUUGGUCGGUCGAGCGUCCGACGCCUCAGCCGAUCCAGGACCAGCAUCGAACAAAUUUGUCUGACUUUGGCCCCUUCCCCAGGACUCCAACUUGUAUGAGCACAACGCCGACUUUUCCGCCCCCGGAAGACCCUCUUGGGAGGUUCCCAGGCCUUGCUCCCUCACCAUUCCUCAAGCCGGAACAGUUUGGAAUGCUACCUCCGCCGGAGUCGCCCAUACCUGGCCUCUCCGUCCCGAACCAUCGCCAUAACCUCUCCGUCACUUCGAUUGCAUCUUUCGCCUCUGCACCUCCAUCACUCUCAGAUUACUCUGUCGACUUCUCCCCUGUGGCGAUCAAACAGGAGAGUCGCGAAGUCUGAUACGAUUUUUACUAUUUGAGUUUUUUUCUUUGUUUUUGCCGACGUCUUUUCCACAGCUUUCGCUCGCAAUGGAACUGCUCUCGUUUGAUCGCUGCCGCUAUGACCGAUCUAAGCAUUUUCACAUUUCACAACUACAUGGCCUCCACUACGGAGAGCCAAACUUUUUAAUCUCAACUUCGACAACAGACGCAAAUGUAUUACAACACUCCUUGACUACCACGAUCGCUACCAAAACCAACUUCUGAUUGCUCGACGCAAACGAACCAUCCAACUUGAACCACGCUCCUUCACGCAUGCAAGAAAGCAACACCUCGCGCGCUCAGUCGCCCAAAGUGUUAGCAUAAUAAUCAAACCACGCUCCUUUGUCAACAUCAUCCAAGAGAUACCCACUAUAGACAUUCCUUUUUCGACGGAUGGGGGACACCUGAAACAAACCAACCUAGAGCAUAGACAUGACUCGACACACUCCUUUGACGACCUUGACGACAUUCUCAACCAUCUCAGGCAUGCUGGAGUCAUCCAUUUUAAUCAGCGUUUACACUCCUUCACGGAAAGACGGGUUCGCAUCGACUAGCUCUGCGCCCGAGAUCUUUACUGUUUCACACCAUUUUUUACGACGAUCACGAUACCCAACCUGCAUAGCGACUGUUGAACCCUUUUUGUUCCCAUUUUAUAGGGAGACUACCUUUUUGGUCUAAUUUUUGUGUUUUUUGAAUUUUCCUCUAAUGUUUCAAUCAAUAUGAUUGGAUCUACAAAACUGCAUUGGGUGGCGUUAAAAUAAGCUCUGGAUAUAUGUAUCUCAACUCUGAAGUUUUGUCUAUCCUGUUAUAUUCGCAGCUAAUAAGAAAGAUGCUUCCUUAAUUUGAUCGAGACCUAGUCCGAACCUAGAACUUCCUGUA